UACCUCGCAGAGUCCCACUCGUCGUCUAUGGAAAACCCAGAUAUCCGAAUUUUCUGAUGCAAUACCGAAAAUAACACACACACAGCGGUACAUAUUGCGGGAGCUCCAAGGGACAACCGCGCAUAGUGUUCGAGACCACAGUCGGACUUCAAAGCAUCAUCAAAAUGACAGAAGAGGAAUCGAUGUUCGAUCCUAAGAUCACAAAGAAGAAGAAGAAGAAGAAGACUGGUUUCGAUCUGGAUUCUGCCAUUGCAGAUCAAUCCAAUGAAGCAACUGAAAAUUCAAAACCAGACAAGGAAAAUGUUGAUGUCGAUGCUGCUGCGCCAGAGGACGAAGAAUCGUUAGAUCUUGAAAACUUUGGUAAAAAGAAGAGGAAAAAGAAAAAGUUUAACUUGGAAGAACUCGAUGCAGCCCUUCCAGAAACCAAGAAAGAAGAUGUGGCAGAACCACAAGCAGAAGAACAGGAAAUCGAGGACUUUGACUUGUCCCUGGACUUCUCAAAGAAUUUGAAGAAGAAAAAGAAGAAGAAGAAGGACCUUGAUGAACUGAUGGCUGAGGAGAAAAAAGAAAGCGAAGCCAAUGACAAUGGCUGCACUGAGUCCGAGCGAAGUGCAGACUAUGAGGAGCCAAGUCAGUGGGUCGGUUCAGACAGGGAUUACACGUAUGACGAACUACUUGCAAGAGUCUUCAACAUAAUGAAAGAGAAGAAUCCUGACAUGGUGGCUGGAAAGAAACAGAAGUUUGUCAUGAGACCGCCACAAGUAGUUCGUAUUGGUACGAAAAAGACAUCCUUCUCAAACUUCACCGAGAUUUGUAAAACACUUCACAGGCAACCUAAGCACUUGCUUGACUUCUUACUGGCUGAGUUGGGUACGAGUGGUUCUGUGGAUGGUAAUAGUCAAUUGAUCAUCAAAGGUCGAUUCCAGCAGAAACAGAUAGAAAACGUUUUGAGAAGAUACAUCAAGGAAUACGUUACGUGUCACACGUGUCGUUCGCCUGACACUAUUCUGCAAAAAGAUACAAGACUUUUCUUCCUUCAGUGUGAAACAUGUGGUUCAAGAUGUUCGGUAGCCAGUAUUAAAUCUGGUUUCCAGGCCGUUACUGGCAAGCGUGCUGCGAUUCGGGCCAAAACCGCCUAAGCAAAUAUUGCAACUUGUACCGCAAAUAUUAUUUAGAGUUAUUUCUUUAAUAAAAAAAAUGGUUUUAAUAAAAAAAUAAUCGUUGCAAUUUAUAUAUACACAAACACACGUUUAAAGCUGAUUUCGACUACGCUGUACGUCCUUUUUUCAAAGUGUAAAGUGCGGUGGCAAUAUAUUUCAAGUAAAAAUAGAAUAUACAGCGAGUUGGGCAUGGAAAAUCAACCAGCAGUUCCUUUUUUUCGAUCAAUGUUUAAGAAGCCAAAAAACAUCAAGAAUGUCCCGAAAGCAUUACUGGGCAUGUAAAAAUUAACGAAGAAAUGACGAAAAAAAAGUGUACCCAAAUGAACGCGUGUGCGAGUGACAGCGUGGAAAGCGUUAAUGUGUAAAUGAGAAACGGCAACGUCAUCCAUGAAUUUAACGAUAUGUAUAUUGUUAUGUCGACAAACUGUGGGAAUGCGAAAAUAUAUCCAAAAUCAUGAAAUUGAGUCAUUCUUAGAUAAUUACUCAUUGUACAUUUACUACCUAAAUAAAUCAACACGAAGCGCUCAGUCUUCUAACACAAGUCUUUAAACAGAAA